UUCAGGGCUGUCCGUUAGCUUGCCUGAAUCAAAACGGGGAAUCGUCGCAGCUAACAGUGUAGCAGAUCUGUGGAGAUUAAAUAAAAAAUAUAACAUUAAUUUGCGGGAUAUUUUCACAGAGAUACACUGUGUGCAUUUUAUAUUUGUAAUAAGCGCGCGCUGAGCGGGAGUGUCACGCAGGAUGGACCCACGCAAAGUGGCAGAGCUGAAGGGGUUUGUGCAGCUGUGUGAGUCCAGUCCGGAGAUCCUGCACCUGCCGGAGCUGGCCUUCCUGCGCACCUGGUUACAUGGCAUGGGAGCAACAAUCCCCCCGCUACCGAAGGCAAAGGAAUCAUGCCAGGGUGGCUGUCCAUGUGCGUCUCCUCCUCCUUCAGCUGCAGCUCCAGAACCUGAGCCUGAGCCUCCUGUGCCCUCUGAGAGCGAGGAGAGUGAGAUAGAGAUCGAUAAUGAGGGCGUGAUCGAGCCGGACACAGAAGAACCUCAGGACUUGGAAGACAUUGAUAGCGUUGAGGUCACAGAUGAGAUGAUGGAUCAGGCCAACGAGAAGAAGAUGGAGGCCAUUAACGCUCUGGGUGAAGGUGAUCUGCCCAAAGCUCUGGAUCUGUUCACUGAAGCCAUCAAACUGAACCCGUGUUUAGCCAUCCUGUACGCCAAGAGAGCCAGUGUUUACAUUAAGAUGCAGAAACCGAACGCAGCCAUCAGAGACUGUGACAGAGCCAUCAGCAUCAACCCAGACUCCGCUCAGCCGUACAAGUGGAGGGGGAAGGCUCACAGGUUGCUGGGUCACUGGGAGGAGGCGGCUCGGGAUCUGGCCACAGCCUGUAAACUGGACUAUGAUGAGGAUGCCAGCGCUCUGCUGAAGGAGGUCCUACCAAAGGCGAAGAAAAUCUCAGAGCACAGACGUAAAUAUGAGCGGAAGAGAGAAGAGAAGGAGAUCAGAGAGAAAAAGGAGAGGAUAAAGAAAGCCAGAGAGGAACACGCCCGAGCUCAGAGGGAGGAGGAGGCUCGACAGUAUGGAGGAGGAUACUUCCCAGGUCCUGCUGGAUUCCCCGGUGGAGCUCCUCCUGGGAUGCCCGGUCUCGGUGAAUUCUUUAAAGAUCCAGAGCUUAUGAACGCCAUGAAGGAUCCCGAGGUGAUGGCCGCCUUCCAGGAUGUUGCUCAGAAUCCGGCGAACAUCGCCAAAUAUCAGAACAACCCUAAAAUCAUGGCUCUGGUCACCAAACUGAGCGCCAAAUUUGGAGCGCCUCCUCAGCCGUAAAACAAAAAAAAAGGACCAAAGAAAACGAGGAAGAGUCGACUUAAAGCGACUCAGCGCUUUAUUGGUUCCAACAGGAGCAGAUCAAAUAUGGAGCGGGUUAAACUGCUGUGAUGAUGUAGAGAAACUUUAAUGUGUUCAAUCAGCCUGUUAGCAUUUAGCCUCAGAGUCACAUCUCCUCCUGACUCUCUGCCUGGACCUCACCUGUCCACAGGUAAAUCUCUCCUCACCUUUAUGUGGAUAAGUUAAUCCUGGAUGAACGGGGAGCUUUCACACACCUUUAAUAACAAUGCUGGUUUAGCUAUCGCUCUUUUUUUCACACUCAGCUGUUGGUACUUUUUUUGUUAACAAAUUACAAUUAUUCUUAUCAAUGAUAACAGCAAAAAAAACUUAAUGAUCAUGAUGUCUUAUCUGUUUAAAGAAUAAUGAUUCACAAUAAUAAACCCUGUUACUGAAAAAUCA